GAUGAUGCUAAGGAACGUUCUGCUUCGAUGUGAAAGCUUUGUUUCGUUGUGGUGUUAUGUAUUUUGUUCAUGAGCAUUGAAGUUGUUGGUGGCAUCAAGGCAAAUAGUUUGGCUAUACUAACCGAUGCAACUCAUUUGCUCACUGAUGUUGCUGCUUUUUCUAUCUCAAUGCUCUCCCUGUGGGCUUCUUCCUUGGAAGCCAAUCCGAGGCAGAGUUACGGGUUCUUCAGGAUUGAGAUUUUGGGUGCUCUUGUCUCAAUCCAGCUCAUUUGGUUACUCACUGGGAUCUUGGUCUAUGAAGCCAUAACUAGACUCAUUCAACAGACUAAUGAUGAUGUUGAUGGUUUCUUUAUGGUUCUUGUUGCUGCUUUUGGUUUAGUUGUUAACAUCAUAAUGAUUGUUGUGCUUGGACAUGAUCAUGGUAAUGGCCAUUGUCAUAGUCAUAGUCAUAAUCAUGAGCAUGGUCAUGGCAUUCAUGAUCAUGAUCAUGGUCAUGGAGAUAAUGAUGAGCAAUUGUUGGAGAAACCGAAGGAAGGGAGGAACAUCAAUGUGCAAGGAGCUUAUCUUCAUGUUCUUGGAGAUUUAAUCCAAAGCAUUGGAGUAAUGAUCGGAGGGGGAAUGAUUUGGUAUAACCCUAAAUGGAAAAUAAUUGACCAUAUCUGCACGUUAGUAUUUUCUAUUAUUUUUUUAGGGACAACCCUUCAUUGGAACUCGUUUUUGACAAAAACGAUGCUUCGAAGCAUACUUGAUGUUUUAAUGGAGAGUACACCGAGAGAGAUCGAUGCAAAGCAGCUUGAAAAAGGAUUAAUGGAGAUUGAGGAAGUGGUGUCUGUUCAUGAACUUCAUAUUUGGGCAAUUACAGUUGGAAAGGUAUUGUUUUCUUGUCAUGUCAAGAUUAAACAAGAAGCUAAUGAUGCUAUGGUGCUUAACAAAGUGACUGAUUAUAUUUGGAGAGAGUAUAGUAUCAGUCACGUUACCAUACAAAUCGAGCGUUAAAAUAACAAAGCAAGUUGAUAUCUCUUAUUUUCUGUCAUUUUCAUCAUCCAAAUUCAGUCUUUCUUUUCGUUUUUUUGCUUAAUCGUGUUCUUUCCUUUACAUUGUUGUUUGAUAUCUCAUUGUUUUUAUUUAUGAAAAAGGUUUUUUUAUUCUUGUCUUAAAAAUGACAGCUAAAAGGACAUGAGGUUAGGUUUUUGUGUUAUGUUACUAUAGAAGAAUCUGAAUCAUUAAGGCUUAUCUUUGAUAAUAGGCAAUACAGAAAAGAGUGGGGGCAUGUUUGUCCUGAGAGCAAAUAACCAUAGCUCGUGUGUGACACUAGCAACCAUAUGAGUAUAUUACAGUACACAAUUGAUAACAACAACAAAAAAAGAUUUCAAACUUUCUUUGGAGUUUUAGUCUAGUUGAUAAGGUUUCUAAGGUCUUCGUUAACUAUACAAAGGUUGACUCUUUGUUUCUUUGUUGAGGAUUUUGUGAGACUGAAUAUGAGUUAACCCAC